AUGUUUAAGAAAGUUCAAAAUUGCUUCAAAUCUUUAAGAAUGAGUAAUUAGAUCAUUCUAAUUAACUUUUGCAUCGUAACUUUCACAGUGCUAGUCAUUGUAGCUACGUAUUAAGUUUAAUCGGCAAUCUUUUUCACUUUUAUUAAAACUUUUUCUUAGACUUUAUCAUAGAAACAAGAAUAACAAUUAGUUUAAGUUAUCUCUGAACAACUUAGAUAAUAUAUUCAACACAAAAAUAAUCAAAGUAUUUGAAUUAAUUAGAUAGUAUUAUCCAACUUACAACAUUCUAGUGAUUUCUUUCAAUAUGUUGCUGAGUCAAGAAAUAAGUAUAAGGUAGCUUAAAGUCAAUUUUAAGAAUGCAUAGAGUAGAAUGAGAUUGUUAAAUAUAAAUAGAGAUAUAAUUCAGAUAUUAUAUGUUAAGGAUUUCAAAUUGUAAAAUCUAAUGAUUAAGGAUAAUAUUUUAAUGAUACUUUAACUUUACUUAGUCCAUUUACAUAAUUAUUCAAUGCUAAUGAAGACUCUAAAAUAUCAUAUUUUGAUAUUCCUGAGACUUAGUUUUUUGCAUCUUUCCCUAAUUCAUUUAAAUUUAAGAAUUUUAAUUUAAAGACUCGACCUUGGUAAACAUAAAAAUAAUUUAAAGGUAUAUCAAUCAUAUGACUUAAUCCAAAAUUUAUCCAAAUUCUAGUUAUUUUUAUUCCCCUGUAUUACUCUCUGCUCGUAAUAACUUACCUUAUUCUGCAUUGACAUAUUCUUUGUUAAGAAAUAACUCACUGUUCGGAAUUGCAUUAUAAAUAUUACCUAUAUCAGAUAAUCACAUAUAAAAUAUCCCCUUAAAUAUAUUAUUAGUGCAUGAAAAUGGUGAUGUAAUUCUAAGUUCUAUGGAUUCAUUUUAUUAAAUAACUGAUUUAAUUAAAAUUAGUAAUACUUCUUACACUGGUUUUAAUGAAACAGAUUGGGAAACUAUCCAAUAUAAUACAAAGAAUAAUAAAGACGAUAGUACAUUUUAUUUGCUGAACAAAAUUUAUCAAAGAUUUGUGUUUGUUUAUACAUAUUAAUUCUAGAAGGAAAAUUUAACAUUGAUAGUGUAAUAAAUUUAUUCAUAUUUUAUAGUUUUAAAAAUGUUACAUAUGAAUAAGAAAUCUCAGAAUAAAUUGAAUUCCUAAUCGAUAAUUUAGAAACAGAAUUAAUUUAAUAGGUAUAAAUCUAAAUUGGAUGUUGUGCUUUUCUAAUAUUUAUAACUGCUAAUUUAAUUAAGUGUAUUUCAGCUCCUUUAUUAGAAUUAAUUUAAGUUAUUAAUCAACAUGUCAUUAAAAUGGGAAAUAACUUAAAUUCAGAAAUAUUUAAAAUGGCUCUUAAGACUAAAACUAAAAAUAAUGCAGAUUUAUUUUCUUCUUUGGCUUGUUAAUUUAUAGCUUUAAAAGAUUUAUAAACCAAAAGUUCUUAAAGAAAAAGCAUUCUUUGUUAAUAGAUCGAAUCAAUUUAAUAUAAUUAUAAAUUUUAGGAAACAGACAGUAGCCAAAUUUAUGAAUUCUUACAAUAACUUCCUUAAACUGAAUAAAAACCUCAUAAUUUAUCUUUUUUUAACUUUGAUUCUUAAAAACUAUUAACUACAAAAUAAUUUAAUCUAAAAUCACAUAAAUUUAAUUAAAUUGAGUUAAAAGAAGACCUAGUCAAAAGUGAAUAGUAUACCAAUAGAUUGCUUUUAAUUAAUCAUUUAUUACAAAAAAUAUAUCUAUAAAACAAACCAAAUUGA